GAGGUCAGAAAUAGCGGAAGUUGCCAUGAGGCGACGGUAUACUUUAGUCAGUUUCCGUUACUGGUUUUUUGACUCAAGUGUGCAAGGCACAAGGCCUCAAAACCACUGAAAUCAAAAUUCGAGGACGAACUGUCAAAAUGGCGGAGCCGAAGUCGCGCCGUGUUGCCCAAACAGAAGAUUUGUCUAACGUAGAGUUUGAAACCAGUGAAGAUGUCGAAGUUAUCCCAACGUUUGAUAAUAUGGGGCUUCGCGACGAACUCCUGCGAGGAAUUUAUGCCUAUGGAUUUGAAAAACCCUCGGCAAUCCAACAAAGAUCCAUUAAGCCCAUAAUGAAAGGAAGGGACGUAAUUGCCCAGGCUCAAUCUGGAACGGGUAAAACAGCCACUUUCUCAAUAGCGAUUCUACAGUCAUUAGACACGCAAGUUCGGGAGACCCAGGUACUCUGCUUGUCACCUACCCGUGAACUUGCAACCCAAAUCCAAAAAGUAAUCCUAGCUCUCGGCGAUUUUAUGAAUGUACAAUGCCAUGCCUGUAUCGGUGGAACCAAUCUUGGAGAAGAUAUCAGAAAAUUGGACUAUGGGCAACAUGUUGUCUCUGGAACCCCAGGACGAGUGUUCGACAUGAUAAAACGCAGAGUGCUCAGAACAAGGGCAAUAAAAAUGUUGGUUCUGGACGAGUCGGAUGAAAUGCUUAACAAAGGUUUCAAAGAACAAAUUUAUGAUGUAUAUCGCUACCUACCCCCUGCGACUCAGGUAGUGCUCGUUUCGGCAACUCUACCUCAUGAAAUUCUUGAAAUGACCAGCAAAUUCAUGACUGACCCCAUACGUAUUCUCGUCAAACGUGAUGAAUUGACGCUUGAAGGUAUCAAGCAGUUUUUUGUGGCAGUUGAACGUGAAGAAUGGAAAUUUGACACGCUGUGCGAUCUCUACGAUACUCUUACCAUAACACAGGCAGUAAUAUUCUGCAAUACUAAACGCAAAGUAGACUGGCUCACUGAGAAAAUGCGGGAGGCAAACUUCACAGUGUGUUCCAUGCACGGUGAUAUGCCACAAAAAGAGAGAGAUAACAUUAUGAAGGAGUUCAGAUCGGGUCAGAGUCGAGUUUUAAUCACGACAGACGUAUGGGCUAGAGGAAUCGAUGUACAACAAGUUUCUCUGGUAAUAAAUUAUGAUCUGCCCAAUAAUCGAGAGUUGUAUAUUCACCGCAUCGGACGUUCCGGUCGUUUUGGGCGAAAGGGAGUCUCGAUAAAUUUUGUAAAAACUGACGACAUUAGAAUUCUUCGUGACAUUGAACAAUACUAUUCUACGCAAAUCGAUGAGAUGCCAAUGAAUGUUGCAGAUUUAAUUUAAAUAGUAUAUUAUUCCAAGGGUAUUAUUUCGCCCAGCGAUGGAGCACUAAAUGUAUCUAUGAAACUAUUUUGUACCUGCAAAUGAAAAUUGCUAUCUCAAAUUAAAAUUAGUCGUAAAAUAA